AUAAUCUGAACUAAAAUGAAUUUUAAAUCGGGUCACCAUUCAAACCCGUAAACUUCCAUACCCGAGUCUUCACCCGAUCAUUGCGGAUGCCACAACCCAAUUUCCCCCUCUACCGAUUUCGCUCACUCCCUCUCUUUCGACUUGCUUUCUCUCUCUAGCGCCGACGAGAUAAUCCACAACCGCAGAAACAAUCCGGUUCUUCUCUCACUUCCAUUUUAGCGAAGGAAAGAUUUGGAAAUUUUGUUACUUUUGCUGGCACAAUAUAUUGUGAGGAUGGCUGCAUAUUCUGCUUCUAAAUGGUUCCGUGGGGCCCGUUCAUUGUUGGGUGGACUCACUAACAAUUCUUCUGGUUCGCUGAGAACAUCGCAUGAGAUAACAUGCAGUGAUUUUUUGUCUCAGCAACAUAGGACUUUCAUACAAAUGAGAACCAAUCUUAAGGUGGUGGACAACUCGGGGGCAAAACGAGUUAUGUGCAUACAAGCUUUGAAAGGCAAGAAAGGGGCAAGAUUGGGGGACACAAUCGUUGCAUCAGUGAAAGAAGCACAUCCAGGUGGCAAAGUUAAGAAAGGAAAAGUCGUGUACGGUGUUGUAGUACGUGCUGCCAUGCCGCGAGGCCGUUGUGAUGGGAGUGAGGUCAAGUUUGAUGACAAUGCUGUGGUCCUUGUCAACAAACAAGGUGAACCGAUUGGAACCAGAGUAUUUGGGCCAGUCCCACAUGAGCUAAGGAAAAAGGGGCAUAUUAAGAUUCUCAGUCUCGCGGAGCAUAUUGCCUGAGGUAAGCAAGCAUGAACUGUUGAUUGCUGGUUUUCUUGCUCAAUUCCUUUAAUUUUUUCAGGUGAUGCGUGGUUGGCUGUGUCGUCCACCAAGGUGUUUUUUGUUGUAACUGGGAGUCCAAUGAUUAGGCUAUUUUGGAGGUUUUAGUUUAAAUUGUAAUAGAAAAUAGUAUUAUACGAUGGAAUGCAUGGUUUCAUUAUGAUGGUUGGCUUUCAUGUAGCGGGUUGGUAGUUCCAUUUUGGAUGUUUGGCCGUUGAUUCCUAUUUCAUUUUUGCUAAUUUAAAUAAAAAAUGCAAUUUUAACAA